AUGAAUAAAUUCGCGCGGAAAUGCCGAGGAAAAAAUAGCAAAGCACCACAAGUCAACCAAACUACGGAAGUCGAGCAAAAACCGGAAGAAGAUCUUUACUGCAUCAGUUCUAUUUCUGACAGCAACGAGCCCAAAGCACGCAAAGCUGUGAUCAAUUUGCAAGUGUCGAAGCCAGAGGCGGAGAACACGGUUUAAUUCCAGAUAGACACUGGGUCGCAAUGUGACAUUCUCCCGCCAAGUUCAUACAUACAAGUUACUGGUGACAAACAACUGCAAUGCCUAAAGACCUGCAAGAAGGAGAUCGUUUCGUACACAGGAGAACACCGUAAAAUCACCGGAAGAGCCAAAUUGCCGGUGUGGUUCGGAGAUCAGCAAAGAACAUUGAACUUUAACAUUAUUCACGGAGAUUAUCAACCAGUUUUAUCAUUAGAUACAAGCAUCGCUCUUGGCGUUGUCAAUUUGACCAUCUGUGACAUUUUGGCACUGACAAUAAAGCCUCCAGAAGACAACUCGUAUGUUGCAGAAGAGUAUGCCGACGUUUUUGAUGGCCUGGGCAAGAUACCAGGAGCUCACACGAUAACUAUAGAAGAUACGGCGAAGCCAGUUAUCCAUGCCCCUCGACGUGUUCCAGUCGCAUUACGAUCUCAAAUAAAAGCCAAACUAGAUGAGUUAGUCGACCGAAAAGUCAUUGUCCCUGUCACAGAACCCACUCGUUGGGUAUCCAGUAUGUUGGCAGUCGUCAAGCCGAACAAGAUCCGUAUAUGCAUCGACCCGCGAGACCUAAAUCGCGCUAUACGACGCGAACAUUACCAACUACCCACUGUAGAUGAAGUCACUUCAAGAUUAACGGGUGCCAAGAAAUUCACACUCUGCGAUGCUAAGGAUGGAUUUCACCAAAUCAAACUUGACACGGCUUCGAGUUAUUAG